CUUAAAGCAUCCCCUUAUAGGAUUAUGAGAUGUUCAUGGCCAUUCAAAAGAAGCAGAGCCCGAUUCUCAGCGUCGCUCUCCAAUGGAUGCUCUGUUCGUCAAUUCCUCCCUCUCCCGCCUCAAACUCAAAUUCUCCCCUCAAUUCCCUCCCUUCUCUCAUCAACCUUUUAUCCGUCUAAAGAAACUCGGCAACAAGAACAAUUUAUCAGUAUUUGCUACGCUUCAGAACCAGCAGCAACAAGCAGUCGCAGCAGCAGAAGAGGAAGAACCGGUACUGUUUGAAGAUUACGAUGAGGAUGAAACGUACGGAGAAGUUAACAAAAUUAUCGGCAGUCGAGCAAUUGAAGGAGGGAAAGGAAUGGAGUACUUAAUAGAGUGGAAAGACGAACAUGCCCCAACGUGGGUUCCCUCUGAUUACAUUGCUAAAGAUGUUGUGGCCGAGUACGAAACUCCUUGGUGGAAUGCGGCUAAAAAGGCCGACGAAUCCGCUCUUAGGAAACUUCUAGAAGCUGACGACGACAGAGAUGUGGAUGCAGUUGAUGAGGAUGGACGUACGGCUUUGCUCUUUGUCUCGGGUCUCGGGUCCGAGCCGUGUGUCAAGCUACUAGCUGAAGCCGGCGCUGACGUGGACUAUCGCGAUAGGAAUGGCGGCUUGACGGCUCUGCACAUGGCAGCCGGCUAUGUUAAGCCGGGUGUCGCCAAGCUGUUAAUUGACCUCGGGGCAGACCCCGAGGUCGAGGAUUAUAGAGGACAAACGCCGCUGAGCUUAGCGAGGAUGAUUUUGAAUCAAACGCCUAAAGGAAAUCCAAUGCAAUUUGCUAGGAGAUUGGGAUUAGAGAAUGUGGUUAGGAUUUUGGAGGAUGCGAUUUUCGAGUAUGCACAAGUAGAAGAGAUAUUGGAGAAGAGAGGGAAAGGCGAAAAUGUGGAGUAUUUAGUGAAGUGGAAGGAUGGGGAGGAUAACGAAUGGGUCAAAGCAUGGCUGAUAUCUGAAGAUUUGGUGAGGGAUUUUGAGGCUGGUUUGGAAUAUGCAGUAGCAGAGUGUAUUCUGGAAAAGAGAGAAGGUGAGGAUGGGAAGGGAGAAUACUUGGUUAAAUGGACUGAUAUUGAGGAAGCUACGUGGGAACCCGAAGAAAAUGUUGACCCCCUUCUUAUAGAAGAUUUUGAAAAGGAUCAACAGAAUGUAGUAAGUUGAACCUUUUUCUAUUCAUGAUUUCUCAUUUGCCUUGUAUCUUUUUUGUGGUAAUAUAAUGAUGCUCUUUAUGUUUACUGCACUAUAGUUAUGGUAAUUUAUGUCCAUCUCAGGUUGUUUGUGAGGUUGAGGUUAACUUUCUGGUUGAUAUUGUUUGAUGGAUUAUUUAAUUA